AUGACGACACCGAAGAAACACAUAGAGACGAUUCGGAGCCAGAAAUUCUCAAUCGGAGGAGAACCCAACUCACUGAGAGAUGAUUUGAAUAGUGCGGUUACUUAUCUCUCCACCGAACUCUACGCUAAAGAUGUUCAUUUCCUCAUGGAACUCAUUCAGAAUGCUGAAGACAAUGAUUAUGAUGAAGGCAUUGCACCUUCAUUGGAGUUUGUGAUAACGUCUAAAGAUAUCACAGCCACUGGAGUUUCCAACACUUUACUCAUCUUUAACAAUGAGAAAGGAUUCUCAUCUAAGAACAUUGAGUCCAUUUGCAGCGUCGGAUCAUCCACCAAGAAAGGAAAACGCACAAAUGGCUAUAUUGGGGAAAAGGGAAUUGGGUUCAAGAGUGUGUUCCUAAUAACGCAACGUCCAUAUAUAUUCAGCAAUGGUUAUCAUAUAAAAUUUAAUGAAGAACCUUGCACAAUGUGCAAUAUUCGGUAUAUAGUUCCAGAAUGGGUUAACGAUGAUGAUCGGAUCAUGUCUAAUAUAAGGGAGAUCUAUGGUUCAAAAAAUUGCUUACCAAUAACUACAAUUGUGUUGCCCCUUAAACAUGAUAAAAUCGAAGCUGUGAAGCAUCAACUAUCAACUAUUCACCCUGAACUUCUAUUAUUCCUUACCAAGAUAAGAAAACUUUCGUUCAAGGAAGAUUGUGAGGAUUCUGGACUUCAGAAUAAUACUUCAAUAACUAUUUCUAGUGAAACGAAUUUUCAUUCAAGGAAAAAUAGUGAUGCAGACUCUUAUUUGGUCCAUCUCUUCGCUAAUGGAAAUGGGAAUGUUGAUCAGGGACUAGGAGAAUGUGGUUAUCACAUGUGGAGGCAACGAUUUCCUGUAACUGAUGAACACAAAGUGGAUACAAGAAAGGAAGUAGAAGAAUGGGUGUUGACUUUAUCUUUUCCUGUUGGGCAGCGACUGAAUCGAGGAUUGAAAUCUCCUGGUGUCUAUGCAUUUCUUCCUACUGAUAUGUGUACUAAUUUCCCCUUCAUCAUUCAAGCAGAUUUUCUUUUGGCUUCAUCUAGAGAAACAAUUCUAAUGGAUAACAAAUGGAACCAAGGAAUUCUUAACUGUGUGCCCUCAGCGUUUGUUAAUGCAUUUUGUUCAAUGGUGAAAGUUGCAGUAGAAGAUGCUCCGAUAUCUACUUUGGUAUCCAUGUUUCAGUUCUUACCCAUAAAUGAAUCUUCUUAUUCUAUGUUGAAUGACGUGAGGGAUACAAUAAAAGCAAAAUUGGUAGAAGAAAGUGUAAUUUCUUGUCAGUCAUACACGGCACAAAGGCGUUGGAACAAGUCAAGUGAAGUGGGUAGGCUUGAAUCUGAUUUUCAAAAUAUAUUGGAAAAGGCUAAGAAGCAAGGUGUUAGCUUACAUAGUAUCUCAUCCCAUGGGAUAAAUAUUUUACAUUCUUCAUUUGAUAAACCUGAACAUGAUAAGGUGUUGGAUUUCUUGGGGGUUAAAAAAGUUGGAGUUGAGUGGUAUGCAAAGUUUAUUAGAGACUCUAAUUUAGUUAUGGGUGUAUCUGAAGAUGUGUAUCUAGAGCUUCUUCUUUUUCUAGCUCAGAAAUGGAAUUUAUUAUGCAAUACCGGCAUGAAGGACAUCCCAAUUCUAAAGUGUGUGGGUUACAAUGGGGAAAUAUCUUUGUUCACCAUAAAUCAAGCUUUACAAGACUUUAUACUUAGUUUGUCUACCAAAUUUAAUCAAAUUUCAUGGUUAAUUAACUGGAACAAGGAAUUUAUAUCUGCGACAGAUAUGUAUUUUAUGUCUGCUUCAACACAACAAUCACUCUAUAAUUUUUCUCAAAAGAAGGUGAUUCAAGAUUGGCUUUCGACUAGCACAGAUGUCCUUAUGAUGGAUGUUAGUAAAUAUGUUUUUCUUUGGAGGCAUAAUAUAAUCGAAGAUAAUAAAUUUGUCAUUUCUUUAAUGCAUUUCUUGUAUCAUUCGCAUAAACUGGGCUAUUUAUCAGACGAAAACAUUAGAGAAUUGUGUAUCAUGGUGCCUAUCGUGGAUAAUUGUGGGGUUCUACAUUUGAAUUACAAAGGCAUCCUCGUCCCUGCUUGUAGUAGUAAUUGGGUUGGCUUACUUGGAACCAAUCCAUGGACGGCAAAAGGUUAUAUUGAGCUAUCAGAAUGUUAUUUGACUUCUGGAUUAUUUUCUGGUAGCAGCACCUCUCCAAACGAGCUUAUACAGUUUCUUAAAACUUAUUUUGCAGCCUCUGAUCUGCCAGAUAUGUCUCCUCCUGAUACCACAAUUCCCGCAAUGUCAGGACCUCUUACAAAAGAAAAUGCUUUCUUAGUAUUUAAGUGGAUCCGUUAUUUGAUACGCAAAGCAGGUUGCAUUCCGGACAAAUUGUUAAAUUGCAUAAGAAGUGGGUGUUGGAUGAAGAUAUCUCUAAGAGGAUCCACUGGAUAUAGGCCUCCUUCACGGUCUUUCAUGCCAAGUUCUUCAUGGGCAAAUCUUCUACAGAAUGAUGAGAUUUCUAUUUUAGUAGAUAUUCCAAUAAUUGAUGAGAGAUUUUAUGGUGAUGAAAUAGUUGAAUACAAAGAGGAGCUUAAACAAAUUGGUGUCAUGUUUGAAUAUGGAGAAGCAUGCAAAUAUGCUGGGAAGCAUCUUAUGAGUUUGACAGCUUUUUCUACAUUAACUAAAGAGAAUGUAUUUUCAAUACUGAAGUUUAUUAGAUUUCUAAGGCAAAAUCUGUUGUCUCCUGUUGAUUUUAUUGACAAUGUCAAAGAAGGAAAGUGGUUAAGGACUUCUGAAGGCAUCAGAUCUCCAGUUGUUUCUACUUUAUUGAACAAGGAGUGGCAUGCUGCAACUAAGAUCAGCGACAUCCCCUUCAUUGAUCGUGAUUAUUAUGGUCCUGAAAUGCUCACUUUUGAAACUGAACUUGAAUUGUUGGGUGUUACAAUUAAGUUCAAUAAUAAUUACCAACUUGUUUCUGACUUUUUAAAACCUUCACCAUGCUUUGAACCUGACUCUACUUUUUUAAUAUUGGAUUGUAUUCGCAACUUAGAGUCAGACAACAAGAUUUUUAAUGCUGUGAAAGACCAAAAAAUAUUCAAGACAAAUAAUGGAUACAUGUCUCCAUCUGAGUCAUACUUGUUGCAUUCUGAAUGGGGUUGUCUUCAACAGGUUUUCGAUGUAGUCUCACUAAUUGACCAUGAAUUUUAUGGUAACACUAUUUAUUCGUACAAGGAUGUUUUAAAGAAGAUUGGUGUCAAGGUGGAUUUUGAAUCGGUAUGCGAAGACUUUAAUAGCAUCUUCAAGAAUUUGGCAUCUAGAAAUGGCAUCAGUAAUGAUAAUGUUCUCUCAUUUUUGGCGUGCUGGAAUAAACUUAAUGCUUUGGGUUUAACGUUUUCAGAAAAUCUUGUGAGGUCUAUCAUAAACGUGAAAUGGUUACGAACUUCUUUAGGUGAUUAUCGAAUGCCAAAAGAGUGCAUUCUUUUUGGGACUGGAUGGAACUCUAUAUCAGCAAUUGCUCGUCUCCCGUUUGUUAAUGAAGAGUACUAUGGAAAGGAGAUAUACAAAUAUAGGAAUCAGUUGAAGAGCAUGGGAGUUAAUACUUCUCGAAAAGAAGGUUAUCACUUUGUGUUUGAUGGCCUUUCUUUACCCUCAGAUCUGAGCAAUGUUAGUCCAGCAAGUGUGUACUCUCUUUUGAAAUGCAUCAGAAUCUACCAAUUGAAGGACAGCCCUCUGCCAGAGCUUCUUGUGAAGAACUUGACUAAGAAAUGGGUUAAGACGACUGUUGGCUAUCGGGCUCCAAACGAAUUCUUGUUCUUUGACUCAAAUUGGAAAUCUUUGGAACGACUUGAUGGGCCAUUUAUUGAUGAAGAAUUUUAUGGGAAAAAGAUUACAUCAUACGUGGAUGAGUUCAAGGCCUUGGGAAAUAUUUCUAAUAUCACUCUUCUCGCAAGACAUUUAAAUUUCCAUUCCAAUUUUGAUAAUAUCACUCGCAUAUACAGUCAUCUGAGUAAUUGUAAUUGGAAGUGUGGAGAUGAUGAAAUGAUAAAAAUUUGGAUUCCAAUUGGUUUCAAUCAAGGAAUAUGGGUGGACGCUGAAACUUGUGUAAUAUGUGAUCAAGAUGAUCUCUUUGGUACUUCAUUCAAUGUAUUGGAGAAAUUCUAUGAUAAAGCAUUGCAAGAUUUCUUCUCCAAUGCAUUUAAAGUGAGGCAUUGUCCUUCAUUAGAUGAUUAUCUACGACUCUGGAAGACUUGGGAAGGUUCACGGGAAACUUUGUCCCAUGAAGAAUGCUAUGCUUUUUGGCGGGUUAUUUUCGAGAACUGGACUUUAAAUACAGAAAAAACUUUGACUAAUGAGUUGGUUAAAUUGCCUGUUUACUCUGGGUUGAGUGAUAUCAUGCUUUGUGGUAAGGAGGAUGUGUUUAUUGCUGAUGACCUUGAGCUAAAGGAUCUCUUUCAACGCACUUGUUCAAAACCAUUGUUUGUGUGGUAUCCUGAGACCAGAACUUCAUCACUGCCCUCGGAAAAGUUGCUAGAAAUUUACAGAAAAAUUGGUGUCCGAACUAUAUCUGAAUCCAUGACAAAAAAUUAUUCGGGCAUUUUGGAUGAGGAUAAGUUGAAAGAAGUUAACCCUCGCGAGCACAAAAAUUUUAUUUGCAAAGGCCUGUUGAAACUCAUUCUUGGUUUUCUGGGUAAUUCAUCUAUGAAAAUGGAACCAAAGGAAAAGCUUAAAUCUGUUACCAACCUCCUCAAUGCCAAGGUGUUUCAAACAGAGGAACCGGUGACCAUUAACUACAGUUUGUGUUUGUCAAAUGGAGAGAAUGUGAGUGCUACUAUGACAAGAAUGAUAAGAGGAGAUAGAGAAAACUCCAAACUGUUUUAUCAGAAGAGUAAUGGGUCAAAUUGCAAAAGAAGAAAGUUAGAAUAUGCAACGAAUUACUCUGUAACAAUUUCUGAAUUUUUGUUGUGGGAGCACGAGGAAAGCAAGAACGAGCUGGCUGAGCUGAUCAAAUUGGGGUCAGUUCUCGACUUUAAUGACGAUGCAAUUGAUUUCUUGAUGAGAACUAAAAAUUUACAGCUUCUCGCGGAGGAUCAUGAGUUCCUUUCUAAGUCAUUCCGUUCUUCAUUGAAAGAUUGCAGGAAUAAACAUUGA